UCUCCAUCAUCAUGCUGCUCUUUGCAAUUUCUCUCCUACUGACACUUUUUUGGGAGAUCUCAACACAGAAAAUCGAUGCACUAGAAACAGUAAAACGUGUCUCAGAGGGUGAUCCUGUUACUCUCUCCUGCAAGUACAGUGUCAGUGGUAAUAAUUAUGCUCUUCAGUGGUAUCUCCAAUAUUCCAGAUCUAGACCAGCGUUUAUAGAUUAUAUCCUCCCUAGUCAAACUGACAGAGACUCUGUUCUUCCUGGUAUGUCUGUAAACCUUGAUAAAAACCAAAGCCGUGUGGAUCUGCUGAUCUCCUUUGCUACAAUAUCAAACUCCGCACUGUACUACUGUGCCCUGGCGCCCACAGUAACAGGAAACCCAGCAAUGCUGUACAAAAAAACCUCCCACCGUGAAGGUGUUUUUUGUGCUGAUCAAAUUGGACCAAACCAGGAUCAGGAUACUGAGGUUUUUCAUGAAGAGGGACAAUCAGUUACACUGGAAUGUUCAUAUGAUUCAACUAAUCAAUAUAUUGAUCUUUACUGGUACAGACAGCAUCCUAACAAAGCACCACAGUAUUUAUUGUAUAAACCUGCUCGAUCAAGUCUGAGUACUGGGCACAUAUCAGACCGACAAUCUCAUUGUGAUGAGCAGUAUGAGGUGCUGUAA